CUACAUCGAAACUCAUACUAUAAGAACAAAACCUUGAUUCCAAAACUCUCUCACAGAUACACUCUCUCUCUCACAGACACACUCUCUCUCUCUCUCUCUCUCUCUCUCUCUCUCUCUCAUGACGAGUAGUAGUGGAAGCCUCAAACUAGAGAUCUAUACCGAAGACAAGACGCCAGGAAAGUGGAGCGUACCGCUCAGCGAGGAAGUUUUCCGGAGGUUCUUAAGCGGUGCAGGAGGCUCGGAGAAGGCUGUGUUCAGCGAGGGAUCUAUUUUCAGCCCCUUCUUGUUCGGGAAGUACUUUGAUCCGUCAGAUGCGUUUCCAUUGUGGGAAUUCGAGGCAGAUGUUUUGCUAGCAAACCUCAGGAGCGUAGGACAGUGUAGAGUCGAUUGGUCGCAAACCGACCAAACUUAUGUCCUUAUAUCUGACCUCCCCGUGGUGGGGAAAAAUAACGUUCAGGUGUACGUGGAUGUUAAAGGAAAAAUGAUGGAGAUUAGUGGCCAAUGGAACAUUAAUAAGAAAACGGCGGCCAACGGCGACUGGAGAAGCGGCCGGUGGUGGGAAUACGGCUACGUCCGCCGUCUAGAGCUUCCCGGCGAUGCCGACCUCCAAAACUCCGAAGCUUUCCUUUCCAACAAAGACGACUACUCUUUCUUAGAGAUCAUAAUCCCCAAGAUUAAUUCUAAGAACAAAUUCUAAUCUGAUGUGUCAUUAUUGGCCCUGGAUGAGUACGAAGUUUUAGGUUUUUUCUUAAUUAUAGAAUGACUAGUGGUAGCGCCGGGUUCGUAUGUUUUGUUCUUACGUGAAUUUACAAUUCAUCUUAUAUGGUCUUAGUAAAGAAAGUAUAUUCACAGAAAUGAAAAUGAAAUACGUUGAUAGUGAUUAAUUAGCAACCAUACUAUAUUCUUUGUUUUGAAAUAGCUUAAUUCAAAGUGGAAUAGCAUAAGUGACUGUGACUAAUUGAUUCAGUAAAAGUAGAAUAAAAAGCCGAUAGUCGUAACCAAUUUAAUUUAGUUAGAAUUUGGACAUAAAGUAAAGUUGAUGUUUUAUUUAGAGAAUGACAUACUUAUACUGUUAAGUACCAUGUGGACAAUAUAUAGAAGGAACGACAUUUGAAAUUUUAUUUUAGAGAUUAAUCUAAAUUUAAACAUGUAUAAUGAAUUUUUGUUUAUAUAUUCUUCUUUUUUUAUUUUUUGGUAAGAAACUAAUUCUAGCAAUGGAACAUAUUAGGAAAUGAGGAAAAAAAUUUAUAUAUUUUGUUUAAAAAUUAAAACAAAUAUUCAAAACAGUAUAUUAAUGAAAUUGAAAAUUGGAACGUAAGAAACUUCCUUAUAAAUUAUAAUAAUGUUGAAUCAUAGAUGACUUUCUUACAUAUGGGACAGCUUAUGUUUGUACGAAGCCAUUAAUUAAUGCAGCAGAAAUGGAAAGUAUGACCGCAAGUAAGAGAGCAUAGAUAUGUUCCAUUGUUGUAAUUUUCGAAGCAUACAAUGCAUGUAUCGUUUUCUUCUUCUGUAGUUGGAGACCUAUUAGUUCACUCAAGAUCGGUGAUGAUAAGGUCGGCGUCAAGUCUUGUAGUCGCGUUUUGGUUGUAGUACGUGAUAGUAAGAGUAACUUCAAGAUCAUCAGUUAUGUUAUUGUCUUCGGCUGUUAGUAAUUUCAUCACAUAUUGGUUGUCUCUUGAAUAAGAAGGGUUGAGUCAGGGUUGUCUAUUUCAUGGUAUGUUAACAUGAAUUUCGUGCCCUCAGUGGUUGAGUCAUUAAAAUUACCUUUAUGGUCAGUGAUAGAUGGUAGCUGGAAAUGAUAGAUUGUUGUGUAUUGGGUUGUGGAUGUAGACUUGGAGUGUGCGUCAGGGAUUUGCUCCUGAAGGUCUUGUUUGGUGUGAGAACUUAUAAGAGAGAAAUUGUUUGUUACUCAUUCUUUGGUUAUUUAUGUAAGUUCAAAGUUGAAA